AUGCCAGGUCUAAAUUACUGGGAAGAUAGCGCCCUUGAUUACCAUUUCGAUACAGAAAACCAAGCCUCAGCGGAAUCUGGUACUAUACAACCCAUCCCAGUUGGUCCGAAGGAUUCGGUUCACGAUGCGAUUAUCUACCCGGGACUCUAUGCCCCCAGUGGCUACGACAUGAUGAAUAUUCUCGUUCGAGUCAUGUCUAGGGCAAAUCCCAUUAUCGAGCUCGGCGCCAUUGAUGCCUCUUGCGCUCUCAUUUUGUGCGAUCUUCAACAGCCAGACUGCCCCGUGGUGUAUGCCAACGACCCGUUUGUCGAAUUGACGGGAUACAGCCAGAGGGAGGUGAUUGGUCGGAACUGCCGGUUCAUGCAAGCACCAGGCGGAACAGUACGAAAAUCGUCGGCACGGAAACACGUCGACAAGGACACCAUCAAGAAGAUGCGCCGAGCUGUCGAACGAAAUGAAGAACUGGCUGUUGAGGUUGUUAAUUUCAAGAAGAACGGUCGACAAUUCAUCAACCUGUUAGCCAUGAUUCCUAUCUGUUGGAACAGUGCCGAACCGAAAUAUUCGGUCGGCUUCCAGGCCGAAAAGACCUGGUAA